UUGAAUUGAACAUCAGAAUGGGAGAUGACACAUCGCUACUCACCUUCCACCUUCUCUGAGGAAAAGAGUCAAUAAGAAACAACAGUCAUACGGGAGUCCGCAUUUCAGAAGACCUCCAGGAAUCAUGCUGGAGAAGUUCUGCAACUCUACUUUUUGGAAUGCCUCACUGCUGGAUAGCCCGGAGGCGGACCUGCCGAUUUGUUUUGAGCAAACUGUUCUGGUCUGGAUUCCCUUGGGCUUCCUCUGGCUCCUGGCCCCUUGGCAGCUUCUCCAUGUGUACAGAUCCAGGACCAAGAAAUCUUCUGUAACCAAGCUCUACCUUGCUAAGCAGGUGCUUGUUGGGUUUCUUUUUAUUCUGGCAGCCAUAGAGCUGGUCUUUGUAUUCACAGAAGAUUCUGGACAAGCCACUGUCCCUGCCAUCAGAUAUACCAAUCCAAGCCUCUACCUGGGCACAUGGCUCCUGGUUCUGCUGAUCCAAUAUAGCAGGCGAUGGUGUGUGCAGAAGGACUCUUGGUUCCUGUCCCUGUUCUGGAUUCUCUCAAUACUUUGUGGCACUUUCCAGUUUCAGACUCUGAUCCGGAUGCUCUUAAAGGGCAGCACUUCCAGUCUAGCCUACUCCUGCUUGUUCUUCAUCAGCUAUGCAUUCCAGAUCCUUAUCCUGAUCCUUUCAGCAUUUUCAGAAAGAGAUGGCUCAUCAGAGAAUCCAUCAGUCACAGCUUCAUUUCUGAGUAGAAUCACCUUUAGUUGGUAUGACAGCAUUGUUCUGAAAGGCUACAAGCAACCUCUGACACUUGAAGAUAUCUGGGAUGUCAAUGAACAGGGCAAAACCGAGACACUAGCCAACAAAUUUGAAACGCACAUGACAAGAGAGCUGCUGAAGGCCCGGCGGGCACUGCAGAAACGGCAGCAGAAGAACACCCGGAGGGACUCUGGAGCCAGGCUGCCUGGCCUAAGCAAGAACCAGAGUCAAAGCCAAGAUGUCCUCGUCCUGGAAGAAGCUAAAAAGAAGAAAAAGAAGUCUGGGACCACGGAAGACUUCCCUAAGUCCUGGCUGAUCAAGGCCCUCUUCAAAACUUUCUACACCAUCAUCCUGAAGUCGUUCCUGCUGAAAGUGGUGCACGACCUGCUCAUGUUUCUGAAUCCUCAGCUGCUGAAGUGGCUGAUCGCCUUCGCAAAUGAUCCGGACAGUUAUGCGUGGACGGGAUACCUCUGUUCGAUCCUCUUCUUCGCUGUGGCCCUCAUCCAGUCUUUGUGCCUUCAGUAUUACUUUGAACUUUGCUUCACGCUGGGCGUAAAAGUGCGGACAACCGUCAUGGCCUCUGUGUACAAAAAGGCGCUAAGACUGUCCAACCGAGCGAAGAAGCAGUACACCGUUGGAGAAACAGUGAACCUGAUGUCCGUGGAUGCCCAGAAGCUCAUGGAUGUGACCAGCUUCAUCCACCUGCUGUGGUCAAAUGUUCUACAGAUUACCUUGUCCAUCUACUUCCUAUGGGUCGAGCUGGGACCCUCAGUCUUAGCAGGUGUUGGGGUGAUGUUGCUUCUAAUCCCAGUUAAUGGGAUAAUCGCCUUCAAGAAUAAGACUAUUCAGGUAAAAAAUAUGAAGAAGAAAGACCAGCGUUUGAAGAUAAUGAACGAGAUUCUCAAUGGAAUCAAGAUCCUGAAAUAUUUUGCCUGGGAACCUUCAUUCAGAAACCAAGUCUACGACAUUCGGAAGAAAGAGCUCAAGAACCUGCUCCAAUUCGGGCAGAUGCAGUCAAUGAUGAUGUUUAUCUUGUACUUGACUCCGGUCCUGGUGUCUGUGACCACAUUUUCAGUCUAUGUCCUGGUGGAUAGCAACAACAUUUUGGAUGCUCAAAAGGCCUUCACCUCCAUCACCCUCUUCAAUAUCCUGCGCUUUCCCAUGAGCAUGCUUCCCAUGGUCAUCUCCUCUGUGCUCCAGGCCACUGUUUCCAUGGAGCGUCUGGAGAAGUACUUGGGAGGGGAUGACUUGGACACAUCUGCCAUUCGACAAGACUGCGAUGUUGACAAAGUCGUGCAGUUUUCUGAGGCCUCCUUCACCUGGGACCAGGAUUCGGAAGCCACAAUUCGAGACGUGAACCUGGACAUUAUGCCGGGCCAGCUGGUGGCUGUGGUGGGCACGGUGGGCUCUGGGAAGUCCUCCUUGAUGUCAGCCAUGCUGGGGGAAAUGGAACACGUUCAUGGGCACAUCUCCAUCAAGGGCUCUAUAGCCUACGUCCCCCAGCAGUCCUGGAUCCAGAAUGGCACCAUAAAGGACAACAUCCUUUUUGGAUCCGAGUUCGAUGAAAAGAGAUACCAGCAAGUCCUAGAGGCCUGCGCCCUCCUCCAAGACUUGGAAGUGCUGCCCGGAGGAGACCUGGCUGAGAUUGGAGAGAAGGGUAUAAAUCUCAGUGGGGGUCAGAAGCAGCGGAUCAGCCUGGCAAGAGCUACCUACCAGAAUUCAGACAUCUACAUUCUGGAUGACCCCCUGUCGGCCGUGGAUGCUCACGUGGGAAAACACAUUUUUGAUAAGGUCUUGGGCCCCAAUGGCCUAUUGAAAGGCAAGACUCGACUCUUGGUUACACAUAUCAUUCACUUUCUCCCCCAAGUGGAUGAGAUUGUGGUUCUGGAGAAUGGCACCAUCUCGGAGAAGGGGUCCUACAGAGCUCUGCUGGCCAAGAAGGGAUCGUUCGCUAAAAAUCUGAAGACAUUUAAUAAAGACACGGGGCCUGAAGGAGAAGCCACAGUCCAUGAGGACAGUGAAGAAGAAGAUGACUAUGGGCUGGUGCCCAGUGUGGAGGAAAUCCCUGAGGAUGUGGCCUCCUUGACCAUGAAUAGAGAAAACAGCCUUCGUCGGACACUUAGCCGCAGAUCUAGGUCAAAUAGCAGGCCUCUGAAGCCCCUGAAAAACUCCUUGAAAACUCGGAAUGUGAAUGCCCAGAAGGAGGGGGAAGAACUGGUGAAAGGACAAAAAUUAACUAAGAAGGAAUUCGUACAAACCGGAAAGGUCAAGUUCUCCAUCUAUCUGAAAUACCUGGGAGCAGUAGGAUGGUAUUCAAUCUUCUUCAUCACCCUUGCUUAUGUAAUUAAUUUUGUGGCUCUGAUUGGAUCCAAUCUCUGGCUCAGCGCUUGGACCAAUGACUCUAAAACCUACAAUGCCACCAACUAUCCAGCUUCUCAGAGGGACAUGAGAGUUGGCGUCUAUGGAGCUCUGGGAUUAGCACAAGGGAUAUUUGUGGUCACAGCAAAUCUCUGGAGCGUCCAUGGCUUGCCGACAUCAAGACCUGCGUCACAUGCAAACUGCUGAUCCAGUAUCGAGCACGUGAGUUUGCUCUGUGACAUGACACCCAUAGGCCGGAUUGUGAACAGGUUUGCUGGUGAUAUUUCCACGGUGGACGACACCCUCCCCACGUCCUUGCGCAGCUGGAUUUUGUGCUUCCUGGGGAUCAUCAGCACCCUUGUCAUGAUCUGCACGGCCACUCCAGUCUUCAUCAUCAUCAUCAUUCCUCUUGGUGUCAUUUACGUGUCUGUCCAGAUGUUCUAUGUGGCCACUUCCCGCCAGCUGAGACGUCUGGACUCCGUCACCAGGUCCCCACUCUACUCUUUCUUCAGUGAGACUGUGUCGGGCUUGCCUGUCAUCCGCGCGUUUCAGCACCAGCAGCGAUUCCUGAAACACAAUGAGAUGUUGAUUGACACCAACCAGAAAUGUGUCUUUUCCUGGAUCAUCUCCAACAGGUGGCUUGCCGUGCGUCUGGAGCUGGUUGGGAAUUUGAUUGUCUUCUUUUCGUCCUUGAUGAUGGUGAUUUAUAGAGACACGCUGAGUGGGGACAUUGUGGGCUUCGUACUGUCCAAUGCGCUCAAUAUCACACAAACGCUGAACUGGCUGGUGAGGAUGACGUCAGAAGUUGAGACCAACAUUGUGGCCGUUGAGCGGAUAACUGAGUACAUAAACCUGGAAAGUGAGGCACCCUGGGUGACUGAUAAGAGGCCUCCGGCAGGCUGGCCCAGCAAAGGGGAGAUUCAGUUUAACAACUACCAAGUGCGGUACCGGCCUGAACUGGAUCUGGUACUGAAAGGGAUCACUUGUGACAUCAAGAGCCAGGAGAAGAUUGGUGUGGUGGGCAGGACCGGAGCUGGGAAGUCAUCCCUGACAAACUGCCUCUUCAGAAUCCUGGAGGCUGCAGGCGGCCAGAUCGUCAUUGAUGGGGUAGAUAUUGCUUCCAUUGGGCUCCAUGACCUCCGAGAGAAACUGACCAUCAUCCCCCAGGACCCCAUCCUGUUCUCUGGAAGCCUGAGGAUGAAUCUGGACCCUUUCAACAACUACUCAGAUGAGGAGAUCUGGAAGGCCCUGGAGCUGGCUCACCUCAAACCCUUUGUGGACAGCUUGCCACUCGGUUUGUCCCACGAGCUGACAGAGGCUGGAGACAACCUCAGCAUCGGGCAGAGGCAGCUACUGUGCCUGGCCAGGGCUCUGCUGCGGAAAUCCAAGAUUCUGAUCAUGGAUGAGGCCACGGCUGCGGUGGACCUGGAGACCGAUCGCCUCAUCCAGAUAACCAUCCAAAAGGAGUUCUCCCACUGCACGACCAUCACCAUCGCCCACAGGCUGCACACCAUCAUGGACAGCGACCAGGUGAUGGUGCUAGACAACGGGAAGAUUGUGGAGUAUGGCAGCCCUGAAGAACUGCUGGAAAAAUCUGGCCCCUUUUAUUUUAUGGCCAAAGAAGCUGGCAUUGAACGUGGGAACAGCACAGCCUUGUGACAGCAGGCCCCGAGGCUCAGAAAGGUCUAGAAGGAUCAUUCCUUAUUUUUUGAGAACUAUAUCAUACAUACAGAAAUGUGUGUAAAAUGUGAAUUAUAAAGAAGGAUCAGCCUUGUCCCCACUGCCCAGGUGAAGGAAAUGGAAGCAGCCGCUCCAUCAGGAUCCCCGGCCAGCCCACUCUGACCCUCCCUCCUUGCUCCCCCCGGAGACAGCCACUGUGCCGAAAGAUAAUUAUCCCUUUGCUUUCCGUUUUAGUUUUACCACUUUGUAUGUAUCUUUAAAUGAUGUGUAUCUUUUUUUAAAAAAAACUUAUGCAAACA